AUGUAUAUCGAUCAUCUCAUGUCUGAUGUCUGUGCAUCUCAUGCUGAUGGAGUCAAGAAUGAAGUGAACGAAUGGGUUGAAAAUGCAACCAAAGGCCUCAUCAAGGAUCUUGUGAGCUUCUUUAAUCCAGAUACAAGGAUUGUCCUAGUAAAUGCUCUCUACUUCAAAGGAAUUUGGGAGAGCAUAUUUGAUAAAUCCGAGACCAAAGACAGAGAUUUUCACCUACUCAAUGGAGAAAAAGUUUCAGUCCCUUUUAUGACCAGUGAGUAUGGUGGUUCUGCUGAAGCAUUUUAUGGAUGCUUUGAUGGUUUCAAAAUUGUCAAGCUCCCGUAUCAAAAGGGCGAAGACGGAAGGCAAUUCUCAAUGUACAUAUUUCUUCCCAUGGAGGGAGAUGGUUUGCAAAAAUUGAUACAGCAGUUGGAGUCUAACCAUUGGUUCUUGGAUCAGCUUUCCAAGCUAAAACAAGUUAUACUUGCUGCCUUGUAUAUUCCGAAAUUCAAGUUCUCGUUCGAAUUUGAACCUUCGGAGCCUAUUCAAGAACUAGGAUUGAUUAGGCCUUUCUCUCCUCUUGGAGAGUUCACAGAAAUGUCAAGUUGUCCGAAGAGCGAGGACUUUUGUAUCUCGAGGAUUAUUCAAAAGUGUUAUAUUGAAGUCAAUGAGGAAGGGACGGAGGCUGCAGCUGCUACAGAACGUGAUGAUAUGGGUUGUUCUCUUUUCGACAAUCCACCUCCGAAGCCAACCUUUGUGGCUGAUCACCCUUUCAUCUUCAUGAUCAGGGAAGAAUCAUCUGGGGCUGUUUUAUUCACUGGAGCCGUAAUCAAUCCUACUCUCUAG